AUGGGUUUAAUCCGAAAAAGUUUAUAUUACGGGCUAAAUUUGAGAAUAUAUACCAGUAAUAAUUUUUGUAUAAAUUGUAUAAGAGCUAAAAGUUCGGCUGAAGCAAAAACGAAAACGUAUUCACACACAAUUUUGUUUCCGAAAACACUUUUUCCAACUCGUUCUAACAAUGCUAUCAAAGAAGAGGUUCAGAAGAUGGCUCAGUUCGCAGAACUUUAUACAUGGCAAAGAGAAAACUUGAAAGGUCCUGAAUUUGUUUUACAUGAUGGACCUCCAUAUGCGAAUGGCGACUUACACAUGGGACAUGCUGUUAAUAAGAUUAUAAAAGAUAUAAACAACAGAAGUCAAAUAUUACAAGGCAAUAAAGUCCAUUAUGUACCAGGGUGGGACUGUCACGGACUUCCAAUAGAAUUAAAAGCCUUACAAAAAGCAAAAAAAUCAUCAAAAAAUAUCUCAUCACCUGUGCAUAUACGACAGAUUGCAAGAGACUUUGCAUUAGAAACAGUUACAAAGCAAAAGAUGGCUUUCCAAAGUUGGGGUAUUAUGGCUAAUUGGGAUACUUGUUAUUUGACAUUGAAUAAAAAUUAUGUACAAAAUCAAUUGAGACAGUUCUAUAAAAUGUAUAAGUCAGGAUUAAUAUUUCGUGCACUAAAACCUGUUUAUUGGUCACCAUCAUCAAAAACAGCUCUUGCAGAAGCGGAAUUGGAAUAUGAUCCACAGUUUAAGAGCAAAGAGGUUUAUGUUAAGUUCCCAUUGGAAAGUGUGCCUGUUGCUGCUAAUAAUGUUAUUUCUGGUAAGGAUAUCUCAGCAUUAGUAUGGACAACAACACCUUGGACUUUAGUCGCAAAUAAAGCUAUAUGUUACAAUCCAAACAUGAAAUACAGCGUGUGCGAAUUAAGUGACAAGUCAACUGAUUUGUUUCUAAUUGCCAGUGCACAAAUUGAGUAUUUGGAAAAGGUUUUUGGUGUGGAGAUUAAGAAAAUUAUUGAAUUUGAUGGUAAAGAACUACAAGGUAUGAAGUAUAAAAGUUUACUAACAUCAGAGAAGCUUCCAUUCUUAGAAGCGAGUCAUGUGACGGAAGGGAAAGGGACAGGUUUAGUUCAUACUGCGCCGGCGCAUGGACCUGAUGAUUUUUUGGUCGCUUUGAAGAAUAAUAUGACAGUGGAAUGUAAUGUAGACGAAUCAGGUCGUUAUAUAAAUUUGGGAGAUAGAUUUGAUGGUCUGUACGUCCUUGGAGAUGGUCAAGACGAGGUUAUUAAUGUUCUAGAAGAUUCCAUUAUUCAUAAGAAUGUAUACAUACAUUCAUAUCCUUUGGAUUGGAGGACGAAGAAACCUGUCAUCAUCAGAGCCAGCCAGCAGUGGUUCAUUGAUACAGCCGCUUUGAAGGAUAAAGCAUUGGCAGGUCUAGAUAAAGUAUCUCUGCUGCCACCGUCUAGCGCGGUUCAGUCUAGACAAGGUUUUCGAGCUCAGCUUGAGAAGCGACCCUAUUGGUGUAUAUCUAGACAGCGCGCUUGGGGCGUGCCCAUACCUGUCUUGUACAGCGGUGAAAGGGUUAUCGUCGAUGAUGGAGUUAUAGAAAAGUUGUGCAAUUUGAUAGAAAAAAAUAACACGGAUGUUUGGUGGACUUGUGACGUCAGAGAUCUGAUCCCAGAUGACGUCAGAAAUAAAUAUAAUUUGAAGUAUGAAGAAGUUAGUAAAGGGAAUGACAUAAUGGAUAUCUGGUUGGAUUCCGGCUUAUCGUGGCAGACAUUGGAGGGCAAACGCGCUAAUCUUUACUCUGAAGGUGUCGACCAGCUCACCGGCUGGUUCCAAACAUCGUUGUUGACUUCCUUAGCUUUAACUGGGGAAGCUCCUUUUAAAUCGAUUUUCGUACACGGCUUUGUAGUAGAUGAGAAGAAACGAAAAAUGUCCAAAUCUAUAGGAAAUGUUAUAGAUCCUUAUACUAUUAUUUAUGGAGAUAAGAAACAACCAGGUUAUGGUGUAGAUACAUUGAGGUGGUGGGUUGCUAGCCAUUCCACUCAACAUUCACAAAUCGUGAUCAGCAAGAAACUUCUAGAAGAUUGUCAAAGUGAGGUUAUAAGAAUUCGCGCCAUAAUCAAAUAUCUUCUAGGAGUUGUCAGUGACAUGGACAAAGGAAAUUUCGUUGUACAGCCAAAAUUAAAUUACUUCGAUCAAUUUAUUAUUAUGGAAACAUAUAAUUUUCUACAACAAAUUACUGAUCAUUACAAUAAUUUUAGAUACAAUCACGCAGCGCAAUCUAUUUUAUUUUUUAUCAGUAAUAAAGUAUCAAGUUUAUACUGUCAUUGUAUAAAAGAUAGGUUAUACUGUUCCGCAAAAGAUUCUGACCAAAGACAAUCCGCUCAAUUAACAAUUCAUACGAUUUUAGUCGCUCUGUGCAAAGCUAUAGGACCUAUUUUACCGCAUUUGAUAGAGGAGGCAUGGCAACACCAUACUUUAUACGUGAAACCGUUUUAUUUUACCAAAGAAAUACCGAUGCUGCCAAAUAAAAAUAUUGAUACAUCUCUAAUGGUAGCCAUUUUGGAAAUCAAAAGAGACGUUUGUGUGUUAAAUAAAAAUGAAAAUUUAAAAAAGUUUAAUUUGCAUUUGAAAUUAAAUUCUGAUUUGUUUUGUAAAUUGAAUACUUUGAAUUAUUCUGAUGAUGUUUACGAUAGUGUAUUGACAGAAAUUCUUGAAGUUUCAUCUGUCAGUUUAGAAGAGGUUAGAAAUGGCGGGAAACCUUGGCACAUUGAGUUGUCAAAGAGUAAGAAGAAUCAAUGUUUGAGAUGUAGAAAGUAUAAUGUUUUAGAUAACAGUGAUAAAUGUUUAAGAUGUGAAAGUGUUGUUUCUGCGUUAUAAAAUUUAAAAAAAAAUAGUUGA